AUGGACGUCCAGAGAUCAGGCUCUAUCGUGAGGCCUCCCAGCCCCAUGGACAGCCUGGAGAAGCAGCUGAGCUGCCCCAUCUGCCUGGACAUGUUUACCAAACCUGUGGUCAUCCUGCCCUGCCAGCACAACCUGUGCCGAAGCUGCGCCAGCGACCUCUACGACUCCCGAAACCCCUACCGCUUUUCUGGGGGAGUCUUCAGAUGCCCCACCUGCCGCUUCGAGGUGGUGCUGGACCGCCACGGAGUACAUGGCCUUCAGAGAAACCUUCUGGUGGAAAAUAUCAUCGACAUCUACAAACAGCAGCAGGAAGGCACCGGCAACACAAACACAGAAACAAACUUGAAGCCCAAAGAGUCUAAAGAGCUGAUGUGUCAAGAACACGAGGAUGAGAAGAUAAACAUCUACUGCGUGACCCACCAGGAGCCCACCUGCUCCAUGUGUAAGGUGUUCGGGCAGCACAAGGACUGUGAGGUGGCGCCCUUAGCUUCCAUCUACCAGACCCAGAAGGGAGACCUGAGCAACGCCAUCGACACUCUGGUGGCCAGCAAUGCCCGUCUGCAAGCGCUGCUCAACCAGAUGGACGAGACGUGUCGUGUGGUGGAGGACAACGCCCAGCGCGCCAAGCAGAGCCUGGCCGAGCGCUUCGACCUGCUCUACGCUGUCCUGGAGGACAGGAAGUCUGUGCUGCUGGAUCAGAUCAGUAAAGAGCAGGAUGAGAAGGUGGCAGCGCUCAGGGCUCUGGCCCAGAGGUACGGGGAGCGGCUACAGGCCAGCACCGAGCUCACCGACUCCGCCGUCAGGGCUCUGGAGCAGAGCAGCGCCGCAGAGUUCCUGGUGGCCUCCAAGAAGCUCAUCUCACAGACCAAAGACGCAACCAAGAGCUCUCUGGGAGAGGACCGGCCUGAGCCCGGCUUCGAGAAGAUGGACCACUUCACCCUCUCCACAGACAACGUGCAGGCGGUGCUGGCCAAAAUGGACUUUGGGGUCGUUGACGACGACGAGUUUGAGGAUGCCGAGGAUGAGGAAGAGGAAGAGUAA